AUGCAGGUGGUAUCCUACAAUCUCACCAAGAACUGGAGGAAACUGCGCAGCGGGCUGGGCGACGUGCUGGACCACUCCAGCCCGGCCUACCGCCAGCUCAUGGCCAUCGGGUACAACGGCCACCGCGAGCUCACCGCGGUACUGGUGCACGCCGGCCGCGGCCUCAACAUGGUGGACGGCUCCGGCGACAACCUUCUCCACGGGGCGGUCGCCGGCGGACAGCUGCACUUGGUCGAGGAGCUGCUGGACGCCGGGGCUGGCAUAGAGUCGCGCAACGCCUGGGGGAACGCGCCCUUGCACCUCGCCUGCAAGUACCGGAGGCUCGAGGUGGCGCGGUACCUGUGGCGCCGCGGAGCUGACGUCGACGGCAUCGACAACGACAAGCGCUGGGCGGGGCUGGCACGCGCUGCUGACCAAGGGUACCUGGAGAUCGUGCGGUUCAUGAUCGAGGAGGCCAGCGCCAACACGACUCUGAAGGACCGUGAGGUGUUGACGCCCUUGGAGCUGGCGCGUCGCAAGGGCCACAAUGUAGUCGCUGAGUACCUGUUACAGUUUCCGCACUAG